AUGUUACGCUCAAAUGAUGCGACUAGAGCGCUCUACAUCUGCUCUGGCCUGUCUCUCUUUAUUUUGUUCGCGAGACUCAUCGCAGCGCGCAUCAGAUAUCGAAAAUUCGACGUAUCUUCUGUCCUCGUCGCCCUCUCCAUAGUUGUCUCGAUAGCUAGAUUGGUCACAACGUACUACUAUCUCAGAUACGGCACGACUACAGGCUACAUCUUCGCCACAGAACCACCGCAUCUGUCCCCAGAGAAGCUCAACGAAGUUCAGGAUGGGAGUGUCCUAACGCUGGUGUCCCGAGCUCUCAUCACGACAUUCUACUGGUUGCAAAUAUGCCUUCUUCUACUCUUCUACUCCGGCAUGCUCAGAGACCUACACUGGGUCUGGACUAUUCGAGCCACUUGGGUCACAAUCGGCGUCACUUAUGUCGUGUGCAUCAUUCUCACGUUCACCGGAUGUCGACCCUUUCGACUCUACUAUCAAGUCGACCCAAACCCAGGCCGCUGCGUCCUCGCAUACUCUCAACUCCUCAGUCAGGGAGUUUGCAAUAUCAUCCUCGACCUCCUCCUGCUCGCAAUCGCCAGCCCAUUUGUGUUCACACGGCAUCGUGCUCCUGAAUACCUGGUUCGAGUAUGGGCACUAUACAUAAUCGGGUGCUUCACCAUCAUAACGACCAUUCUACGGAUCGUCUACCUCUACGCCGACAAAUCCCAGAAUUAUCAAGCCAUGCGAAGUUUCUGGGCAUCGAUACAAAUGUUGACCGCGACUGUAGUCGCGAAUCUGCCCACGCUAUACGGGUGCCUGACGAUGCUGAAGAGGCGAAAGUCCGAGCAGACAGUGCGGAGGAAAUCCAGGCCAGAGCUGUGGCCGGCGGGCGGGUCGGCUGAUCCUGUGGACGUUGCGCGGCGACCUUUCGAUUGUGAUGGCAGGUCAGUCGAGCUUGGCCCGCAUCGACUGGACGACAUUUGCGGUGAUGACGAUAAAGCGAUUUCGCGACAUAUUUCGCAUGCCAGUAGGGAAAUGGAGGGUGGUGGCGAUGAAGAGAAAGCGGUCUCGCAGCAUAUCUGGCGGAGUCGUUCGAGGAGUAGUUCUGAGGUUUCGCCGACAGAGAUUACGCAUAUAGAACGUGUAUAA